AUGACAGCUUGGGACAACACUUCAAUGAGCUCAUCAUAUCAGCAAUCCAUUAAGCAGUUGGCAUUUCGAAAAACCAUGGAAGCCAACUUGGCAUUAUCAAUUAAAGACAUCCUUGUGCCUUUUAGAGAGGACGAAAUAAACAGUCUAGAGGCGCAACUUCGAUUACUCUCGCUAGCCAGGACAAUAGAAGGGCCACAACAAAACAUUGUCCGCGCAAUCGAAUCGCUGAUUCCCUCAUGGAAGGAUGUUGAUAUGGAACCCUUGUCUAAAGGUCAUAUAAUUGCUUCCUAUACCCACCCUCUCAUACAAAGUCUGUUGGCAGUGAAUAACCCCUCCAAUACAAAAAUUGUAGCAGACAAUAUAAACCAACGGCCCGACUAUGUCGUGGAUGUCUACGAACAAUACCAGUUCAGUUUUCCAAGCUGCUUUGGCGAAAAAUAUAAAUUGAAUGGCGUACUUUCCUUCCAGACAAUUGGAUCUUUUACAACAUUCUUUCAUUUGAAACAAUUGGCUGGAAUAGAUGUUUUCUGUGAAAUGACAAGCAUUACAAUCCCCACCAGAAAGCAGGAUAUUGUCCAAAUUGUCGCAUACUUGGAUGACUUGUUUGCCAUUUCCUGUUUACACAACAACAUAUUGAAAUCGAAUGAAGAGCUAACCGUCCAAAACGAACCUAUUCUUCCUUUGGCCUGGGUUGAUGGAACAAAAGAAAAAACUAGUCUAAAACGGAAAAUAUCCGUCAACUCCAUUGCUGGAGCACAAGCCAAACGGUGA